CUAAGACUUUCAGCUAUGUUUUCCAAAUUCACUCUGCUGGCAGUGGUGCUAGCUUUUGGGCUUAUUUCUGCCCUGAGCAUUACCCUGAAGUUAAAUCCCUCCAAGCUGAAGUUGCCAACUAGCAAGAAGAUCCUUACACUUCAGCAGCAGACGGAUAUGCUGGCUGCUCGAGAUCCCUACAGUUCGCAGCUCUGUUUUGGCCACUACCUUCCCAUUCUCAACGACUUCACGGCCCAGUUUGAGGUGGACUAUGGCAAGUGCCAAAAGGACUUCGAUAUCAACAGUGACGCAGUGAUACUGGCCUGGAACAGUACUCUUUAUGGAAUCCAGCAGUCUGCUGAAAGCGGCUGUAGCACCUUCUUCGACUGUUCAUCCCUGGUGGACUACGUCAUGGCUUUCGAGUGCUUUGCCAGUGUGGGAGCUGAGCAAUCGAAGAUCAUGUACCAAGUUUCGGCAAAUUCCAUCGAAGCCGCCUCCGACCUCAAGAUCCACCUCCAGACUUUGGAAACAUUUAAGACCAACUGCCAGAAUACCGCCGAUAGGGAUUACGUGGAAAGCACCGCUAGCACCUACGAGAAUCUGAACAAGUGUCUCGGUGGAGCUCCUCUGCCAGAACAGACCACUGCCGAUUGGUUUCAUUCUACCAGUUGGAAUUAAAAAAUAGAUUACCAGAGAACUGAAAAAUGAAUAAAUUAGA